AUGAAUUAAGAUGUAAUAGAAAAGAAUGAUGAAGAUGAAUAAAAAAUAGAAGAUUAGAGUAUUUUUAAUAUAAAUAUGAAUGUUGAAAUAAAGAAAGGAUAAUUUGUAGCAUUUGUUGGAAAGUAAUAUAAAAAAUAAAUAAUUUUAGUUCUGCAUCUGGUAAAUCUACAAUAUUAAGAUCAAUUUUAGGGGAAACUGAGAAAUAAUAAGGAAAUAUUAUAGUAAAUGGAACAAUAAGUGUUGCAACUUAAGAACCUUGGAUUAUCAGUGGAAGUAUUAAAAAAAAUAUAACUUUUAUGAAUUCAUUUGAUAGUGUAAAAUAUAAAUAAAUUAUUAAAAUUUGUGGAUUAGAAAGAGAUAUUGCUUCAUUUAAAAAUGGAGAUGAUACUAUUUUAGGAGAAAAAGGUGAUAAUUUAUCAGGAGGACAAUAAAAAAGAAUUAAUCUUGCUAGAGCCAUUUAUAAUGAUGCAGAUAUUUAUUUACUUGAUGAUCCUACUAGUGCUUUAGAUAUUAAAGUUAAAUAUUCAAUACAUUAAUAAUGUUUCUCAUAAUAUCUUAAAAAUAAAACUAGAAUACUUUUUACUAAUUCAUUAUCUAAUCUAUAAGAAUGUGAUAUUAUUUAUAUUAUUUCUAAUGGAUAAAUUAUAUAAUAAGGUAAAUUUCAUUAAAUUCUUGGAUAAAAUCUUAAUUAAUAAUAUUAAUAAAAAGAAGUUAUUGANUACUUUCUUCUUGCUAACCAUUUAUUACCAAACAUUCUAUUUAAUUUUUUCCUUAAAACUAGGAUCUAAAGCCUUCAGCUACAAGUAUGCUACUUUUUGUUAUCAUCUAACUUAUUUAUAAAUUGAUACUUUCACUACUAAAACCUUAUUAGUCAUUUUAUAUUUGCCUCCUGAGUGUUAAGUUAUAAGGAGCUUUAUCAUAAGAAAUUCUUUUAAAAACUUUGAAAUUUCCAAUAUUAAGAUCAAAACACUACUCCACCGGAGAAUUAAUAAAUAUGAUGUAGGUUGAUAUACAUUAAGCCUCAAAUUAUUUUUAUUAUGCUAUAAUUUUAUUUACAGUACCAUUAUAACUGUUAAUUGCAUUCAUAGUCGUUUUUCUUACUUUAAAAAGCUAAGCAGUUAUUCCAGCAAUUGGGUCCGUAAUUUAAGCAGUAAUUGGGAUACUAUUUGGAGUUUUUUAUGGGAUACUCUAGAAAAGAUAUAUGGUGGCGAAAGAUAAUAGAAUGAAGGCUGUUGAUGAAGCCUUAAACUACGCAAAAUAAGUAAAAUUGAAUACUUUUGAAGAAUUUUUUGAAUAAAGAGUAUUUAUUAUAUUUAUAUAUUAAUAGAUAAGAUCUUAUCGUGAAAAAGAAUUAUAGUAAUUGAAAAACGAAGUUUAUAUGAUGAUUUUUCUUCCCCUUAUUUAAAGUAUAUUUGCUAUUCUAACUUGGGAAGCAGUUUUUUUUUUAACAAAUCCUAUUAACUUCACAACUAUUAAUAUCAUGAUGUCAAAUUACUCUAACAUUUCUAAUAUUUUAUCUAAUUUACCUUAUUAAUAUAAAAGCUUUUAAGUUUCAAGAAAUUCAAUGGCUAGAUUAGAUAAUUAUUUUAAAUAAAAUGAAUGUAAUAAAAUAGAAAGAUUAAGUGAGAAUGUUAAUUUUGCUAUAAAAAUAAAUAAUGGUAUAUAUAGUUGGAAAAGUAAUGAUAAAAUGAAUUAAGAUGUAAUAGAAAAGAAUGAUGAAGAUGAAUAAAAAAUAGAAGAUUAGAGUAUUUUUAAUAUAAAUAUGAAUGUUGAAAUAAAGAAAGGAUAAUUUGUAGCAUUUGUUGGAAAGUAAUAUAAAAAAUAAAUAAUUUUAGUUCUGCAUCUGGUAAAUCUACAAUAUUAAGAUCAAUUUUAGGGGAAACUGAGAAAUAAUAAGGAAAUAUUAUAGUAAAUGGAACAAUAAGUGUUGCAACUUAAGAACCUUGGAUUAUCAGUGGAAGUAUUAAAAAAAAUAUAACUUUUAUGAAUUCAUUUGAUAGUGUAAAAUAUAAAUAAAUUAUUAAAAUUUGUGGAUUAGAAAGAGAUAUUGCUUCAUUUAAAAAUGGAGAUGAUACUAUUUUAGGAGAAAAAGGUGAUAAUUUAUCAGGAGGACAAUAAAAAAGAAUUAAUCUUGCUAGAGCCAUUUAUAAUGAUGCAGAUAUUUAUUUACUUGAUGAUCCUACUAGUGCUUUAGAUAUUAAAGUUAAAUAUUCAAUACAUUAAUAAUGUUUCUCAUAAUAUCUUAAAAAUAAAACUAGAAUACUUUUUACUAAUUCAUUAUCUAAUCUAUAAGAAUGUGAUAUUAUUUAUAUUAUUUCUAAUGGAUAAAUUAUAUAAUAAGGUAAAUUUCAUUAAAUUCUUGGAUAAAAUCUUAAUUAAUAAUAUUAAUAAAAAGAAGUUAUUGACUUUUAAUUUGAAGAUAAGCACUAUAAAUAAGAAUCCCCUGAAAAUUAAGAUAUAAGAUCAAGUUUAAUUCAAACUGAAGAUUAGGAAAAAGGAGCUAUAUCUAAUUCAGUCUUAAAAUAGGUUUUCAUCUACUUGGGUAAAUAUGUUGCUCCUUUGUGUAAUGUACUUUAUUUUAUUACUGUUUUGGGUUUCUAAUUAAUUGGAAAUAAAUAUAUGGCCCAAACAAACAUAAGUGAUGAAGAAUAUAGAUAAUUAGCUUUAGUAUAUUUUCCUUUGAUUUAAUCACCUAUUCUAAUUGCAAUCAUUUUAUUAUGUACAUAUUAUUUAAUUAUGGGCUUAUCUACCUCAAGGAAAAUUCAUAAUUCAGUUAUUCAUAGUUUAUUAAAUGCCUCCUACACUAAAUUUUAUAAUACAAUUCUUAUAGGAAGAUUGAUGAAUAGAUUAAGCAAAGAUAUUUAUAAUAUUGAUUUAUUAUUUCCAAAUGAAAUUCAAAAUUUAACAAUUUAAAUUACAACAUUAUUACUCCCAUUAUUUGCUUGUUUUCUAUACUUAAACAUAGUGGCAAUGCCUUUUUUAAUAAUCUUUUUUAUUAUUCUCAUUUAUAUAACAGUAAUUUACUAUAGAUGUUUAAGAGAAAUAACUAGAAUUGAAGCUGUAUCAAAGAGUCCUGUUUUUUCUUUUUUUUAGCAGAUUGUUAGAGGAAUAAUUUAUGUUAGAACUUGCCUACCAACCGAAAAAGUGGUAAUUUAAUAACAAAGAAAUGUAGACAUUGAUCUUGGUAAUUAGAUCAAUCUAUAUGGUUUUUAAUAUUGGUAUUAAUAAUUAGCUGGAUCAAUUACAAAUAUAUUUUAAGCUUUACUAUUUGUUAUUUGUGUAUUUAUAAAUUUUAAAAUAGUUUAUUUUUCCAGGACAGACUUAAGAAAUGACAAUUAUGGUUCUAACUUAGAUGCAAGCUGUUUCUUAAUUGCUACUAAAUGCGUCCAUUUCUUACGGAAAUAUACAAAUGUAUCUUAUUAGUUUUGAAAGAUGUUUGCAUUUAGCUAAGUAUUUUAUUUUUAUAUUACAAAAGUAAUAUCGAAAAAGAAGAAAGGUCUAUUUCUUUAAUUACACCUACUGGUGAUGAAACUGAUAAUAGUAUGGAAAAAUAAAAAAAAGAAAUGGAUGAUAAAUCGGUAAAAUAGGAAAAUGAAAACGCUGAGUCAAAUAUUGUUCUAAAACUUGAUAACUGCACAUUUUAAUAUAGAUCAAACUCUAAAUGUGUUUUAUAAUAAUUAUCGCUAUAAUUAUAAAAAAAAGAAAAAGUAAAACAUUUUCUAAUUUUAGAUUGGAGUAGUUGGAAGAACAGGAGCUGGAAAAAGCUCGAUAAUUUUAGCUUUGACGGCUAUUUUAGAGUAGAUUGAAGGUUCGAUGGAAAUAGAAAAAAAGAACAUCAAUCAUUAUUCAAUUAAUGAACUAAGAUAAAAAUUUGGAAUAAUUCCUUAAGAUCCACUUAUAUUUAUGGGAACUUUAAAAUAAAAUUUAGAUCCUUUAAAUAAAUAUGAGGAAUUUUAUAUUUAAGAUAUAGUUCAAUAAUGUGGUUUAUUAGAAAUGCAAAGCUUUAAAUAAUAAGGAUUGAAGAGUGAGAUUGGUUUAUCAGGUAGUAAUCUAUCUUUAGGAGAAAAAUAAUUAUUAAAUAUUGUUAGAUGCAUUCUAGAAAAUAAAAAUAUAGUUCUAGUCGAUGAAGCUACAUCUAAUAUUGAUUCAUAAACUGAAGAACAAGUUAAAAAUGUAUUUUUAUUUUAAAAUUUAUUUAGUUAUUUGAAAAAUAUUUUUCAAAUGUUGCAAUGAUAUCAAUUGCUCAUAAAGUAACAACAAUAAUGAAUUCAGACAGAAUUAUGGUAUUAAAUGAUGGAAAAAUAACUGAGUUUGAUCAUCCAUAAAAAUUACUGGCUGAUCCAAAUAGUGAAUUUAAAAAAAUUAUAGAUCUUAUAAAACAUUCUGAGGAGCUUUGA